GAGAGUAGUCAACUGAAUUAACUGAAAAUGAAAAUGGCGGUUUCUCAAAUACUACCUUUAAUCUUCGUCAUCCUCAUUACCCUAAUCUUCAUUCUCCGCCAUAAAUCCAAAAACUCCAUUAAACCUUCUUCUUCUUCAACUCAACUCCCCAAAUCCUACCCAAUCUUCGGAACAUACUUCGCCGCCUCAGCUAACAAACACCGCCGCCUCGAAUGGUUCACUGAGCUACUCCAGAACUCACCCACCGCUACCUUCGUAAUCAACCACCUCAUCGGCCCUCGCCAGAUCAUCACCGCCAAUCCCGACGUCGUCCGCCACAUUCUCAGCUCAAACUUCUCCAAUUACCAAAAAGGCGAAUCCAUCCGCGUCAACCUCACCGAUUUUCUCGGCGACGGAAUCUUCUGCGCCGAUGGAAAGAGUUGGAAGUUCCAGCGCCAGAUCUCAAGCUACGAAUUCAACAACAAGUCGUUACGUAAGUUCGUUGAAACCGUAGUCGACUCCGAACUCAAUGACCGCCUCUUACCUAUUCUCUCCGCCGCCGCAGACGGGGGCUCCGGAAACGGUAAGAUUCUCGACCUUCAAGAUCUUCUCCAGCGUUUCGCUUUCGAUAAUAUAUGUAAAAUCGCUUUUGGUUACGAUCCGGCGUAUUUGUUACCUUCUCUGCCGGAAUCGAAGUUCGCGGUUGCUUUCGAUGAAGCGACGAAGAUCAGCGGAGAACGAUCUGUGGCUUUGAUUCCUUUACUUUGGAAGAUUAAGCGGUUUAUCGGAAUCGGAUCUCAGCGAGAUCUAGCUGUGUUUGUUUCAGAAGUGAGAAAUUUCGCCAUGACUGUAAUUAAAGAGAAAAACAAAGAACUCGCCGAGAAAUCCUCGCUCGAAUCAGUCGAUCUUCUCUCGAGAUUUUUAAGCACAGGUCACUCAGACGAGAAAUUCGUAACUGAUAUCGUGAUAAGCUUCAUUCUCGCUGGACGAGACACAACCUCCGCCGCACUCACCUGGUUCUUCUAUCUCAUCUCGAAAAACCCGCGUAUAGAGCGCGAGAUUUUAAAGGAGAUUUCCAAACUAUCGGGCUCGGCUUACGAAGAAACAAAGGAAAUGGUUUACACACAGGCGGCGAUCUGCGAGAGCAUGAGGCUUUACCCGCCGGUACCGUCGGACAGCAAAGAAGUCAGAAACGACGACGUUUUGCCGUGCGGUACAGCGGUGAGAAAGGGAGAGAAGGUUACUUACCAUCCUUAUGCGAUGGGGAGAACGGAAUCGAUUUGGGGAAAGGAUUGGGCGGAGUACAGGCCGGAGCGGUGGCUGGAGUGGGAGGAGAAGGCGGAGAAGUGGAGGUUUGUAGGGAGAGAUCCGUACAGUUAUCCGGUUUUUCAGGCGGGGCCGAGGAUCUGUUUGGGGAAGGAAAUGGCGUUCUUGCAGAUGAAGAGGGUUGUGGCCGGAGUUAUGCGGCGGUUCGAGGUGGUUUCGGCGGUGGAAGAAGGUGUUGAACCGGUUUUCAUGGCUUAUUUAACUUCUAAAAUGAAAGGUGGGUUUCCAGUGAUGAUUAAGGAAAGAUUAGAUACCUAAUUAUGUUUUAAUUAAUCAUAUUUAUCUAAUAAUAAUAUUAUUGUAUAAUUAUAUUAUAGUCAAUAAAAUUUAUUACACCA